AAAGCAGUUUAGGUUGUUCAGCAGAACUGCGAAGGUUUAAGAUAUGUGCUCCUGGCUGCAGUUCAAAGUGUCGCCAGCAGUUGCUGUGUUUGGCGCUGUCCACAGCUCGUGGUGCUGAAAUUCAAACGGACUGUUCUUCACGCUUCCAAGCAGCAGUCACUAUGCCAGAUUGUAAUUUUGCGGUUGUGGGAGCAUCUCGUGCACAUGACCCACGCUUGUGACAGAGACAGAGAGCGAAUAGCGAAAUCAAUUGCGGAAUCCAUCCACCACUUCUCCUUUAACGGUUAGUUCUGCUUGGAAGGUCGUGAGGGAGUCUCUGGGGGCUGGUCUUGUUCCUGGUUUCGCUCCGGGCGAAAUGUGAACAGCAAAAUCCCCGACUGCUGAAUAUGUGACUAAAUGUCUCAACUCACAGAUUAUACUCUUUAAAGACAGCGCAUACAGUCUGUGUUGGCUGAAUAUCGGGGGGUUUUGAGCAUCGGGGCCAUGUUAUAUAAAUAAAUAAAACGGCUUUAGCGCAGCGUCAUAAGCGCUGACAUGGCGCAGACGGUCGGUGCACGGAGCGGCUCUGACUCUGCUCCUCCGCCCGCGCCUGACUCCUCUGUCCCUGAAGACUUCGAGUGCAAAGUGUGCUUCAACUACUUCGACCUGGACCGCCACAUUCCCAAACUCCUGAGCUGCUCCCACACCUUCUGCCGGGAGUGUCUCGAGAAGCUGCAUUCCCUGGAGGGUCGAGGCUGGAGAAUCGGUUGUCCUGUCUGUCGCCACAGAACUCCGGUUCGGGAGUAUCAGAUUCAGAACCUUCCCGACAACGUUUUGUUGACUGACUUGCUUCCAAUUACAAAGCACGAAAAUGCGUCAGACAGAGAGGAGCAGACAUCUCCGUCUGGCUCCUCCUUGACGUCCCAGGACUCCGACAGCAGCUGUGAAACUUGCAAACACGUUGCGUUUACCGCCGGAUGCGUGUGCGCCAAUUUCUCCUUUUUGGGUACUGUGGUACUCUUAUUUCUGGGUCUCAUUUCUCUGCACAACUUUGAUAGCCUAACGCUACCUCUUGGCUCAUUCUGUUUGCUGGUCGCAGGCAUCCUGGCUCUGCUGUCCCUUAUCCUAAUGUGGUUGUUGUGCGUGCUGAAGGACAGAGCAGACACGCAGAGCGCAGGUUCUUUCACAACUGCUUUAUUGUGAUCCAUCAUGCCUGAAAGUGGCCUACUGAGACCUGAGCAAUCUAUAAAAAGAAAAAAAAGAAAAAUAAUGUACUGCUUCUUAAAACAAAAUGUUAUGGACAUAAAACAUCGAAAGGAUAUCUCCUAGUGGCACGUUUCUGUGGUCCUAAAUAGACAAAAUAGCUAAAUUGAUUAAUCAAAACUGAUUUAGAUUUAGUUUUGUUGCCAUUCCUGUGUGAAACUGAAUUGUAAUAAAAAAGCUCUUGUAAAAACAUUCUAAAAAUUAAUCUGGGAAAACAGAAAAUAUAUACAAAACUAUGACAUUGGAAGCAAAAUAAUACUGAGCAACUUUGAUAAUUCAGACAAAGUUGCUGCAGCCACAAGGACAAAGAUGAACUCCAAACCUGACAUUACAGGUGCGGAGUGUAAAAUCGUAUUUUUGGUGUUUUAAACUGUUUGUGGUAGCAUUUUUCGGAUGAUAGAUGACAUAUGUGAAGAAAGUUACCGGAAAGCUCAAAAUUGUAUUUCUGGGUAUUUUUAUUUUCAAAUACAGUUGUGAAUCAGGAAUAGACUGAAAAAAUCCUGCAAAAUUAACAAAAAGUGUUGUAAAGUGAUGACUCAAGGUGAAUUUCUAAUGAAAAACUGUAACUCUGCAGGAACUAUGUCCUACAAAACAACACAAGGUUUUUCAAUAUGGCUAAAAAUGCCAUGAACAUAAUUAAAAGACCAGGAACGCUUUGAAAAUAGCUUAAAAGAUUAUCGGAGUGGGUCUCUGAAGGCAAUUAUUAAGUUGGAAUCCUGUUACUUUGAAAAAGGGCAUAAAAAUGUUAAUUUUGUUGAUAACCAGUGGGGGGAAAAGCAACUUUAAGUUCUAUUCUAUCUAUAAUAUUGAAAAGCACUGAAGAGGAACUAUAUUUACCGAAUGAAAAAGUAAUGGUUGAUCAUGUUUGUAAAGAACUGAGAUCUGCAAAAACAACAGAAACAGAUUUGUGUUCCUAAAGUUUUCCAACAAUAAAUAUUUGAUUCACUUUUAAAACAGACCUAAACGUAUUUUCAAUGGUAGAAUCAUUCGUGAUGAUAUGACCUGCUGUGCCCAAGACUAAACAUGCCCCUUCCAUGACCGCCUCCUUGAUUACAAAGACUCCCCAUGGUGAUCCAGAUCAGCAGGAGAUCCCAUCAUUGACCCAGAGGGGACAUGAGUCCUCACAAGAUGAGUAACAACUUCAGGUAGGGGGCAAAAAUUAACAAAAAGUGUUGUAAAGUGAUGACACAAUUGAAGUGCAGAUUACUCUCUUAUGGAGUUCUAAAUAAUCUAAUGACUUACAGUUUGUUUAAGAUCCCCAAGAAGGUGGUGGGAGCAAAGUGUGGAGUAUGCAAAUGUUUUUUAAGCUUGUUAAUGUAUAUAGACAAUGACUUAUUAUUUAUCUUUUAACUGUCGUUUUACUCGAUUUAAGUGAGGAUGUCUCCAUUUGGCUUGAAUUUGUUGAAUCCUAGUUACGCAGCGGGUAUUUAUUUCCACUUAGUUGUUUUAAGAGGCGACAGUGGUCUCAGGACUUUAAGUCCAUCCCUUUGAGGUCCAUCAAAAGGAACUCUGCAUUUGUUCAUUGACUAAUACCACUUAAAUGCUGCCAUGACAAAAGCCUGAAGAGGAAAAAAAGGAAGAAAGAGAUUCCACUGGGAGCAAUACAGCCAGCGCUGUGUCUGUGGCAGAGGGGCUCAUUUCAUGGGGACUGUGGGGCUUAAAGUUAAAUAUUGCUUUGAAAUAUGCAUCCCCUACCAUCAAACUCCUGGUUAUCUCCCACCCUCCGUCCUCCCUCUAGCCAUCUCUCCUAAAAAA